CGGGUGACAGGAGUCGGCUGACUUGCUGGGAAGUUUGUACUUUCUUUGUUGCUAUGCGAUAAACUUUGUGUCCGAAAAGGCUCCGGCCGUUGCUAGGAAACGAGAGGACUUGCACCGGACAGGACACCGGACCCGACGAUAGCAGGAGCCGGAUAUCUGGGUGCCAGCAACCACAGAAGAGAUGUCAGACAGGACAGACCAUUUGCAUUUGAGACUCAAUUAUGCAGAGGAGCUAAGACUCACGAAAGAGCUGGAAAGAUUGCUUAAGCAUCCUCAGAAGGCUAUCAGGCAUGAUAUAGUGGGAACCAGGUGUAAAAGCAGCUCACCUGUAUCUUUGAUGCAAGAUCCUGUUAAUUCUCUGCCACGUCCAAGAUCUGGGGUUGCAGGUAGGCUUUCUCGGCCCACUUGCCGGUCUGCGCCAGCAUCUGCUGUGUCAAAAAGAGACCCUGUUUCUGACCAUGUAGAGAAAAAACAGAAUCAUACAGUCCAUAUUUUAUCAAAAGGUGCCGUGUCUUCACCUAGAAAAUUCACGCAAGAGUCAAGAGUUCAGCAACAGCUGCAACAUAACCCGGCAAUCAUACAAGCAGAUAUCACAGGGACUGACCACUAUCCAAAGAGGCCUGCCAUUGCAUCAAUGGUUGGAACUACUAAACCUAUAUCAGUUUUCACACGACCAGAACCACCUUCAAAGCCAAGAUCUUACAUUCCCCAGGUCUCAGCCAAGCCACGUGUAUCUGUGAAGCCCUUUAUAACACCAAAGAAUGUGACAAGUAUGCAGAAGGUGACAAGAGCACCUUCCUUGAUGAUAAAGAAAAGUGCUAAUGUUAGAUCAAUUGAAGACAGUGACAGCAGUAGGUUUUCUGACAGCUCUUAUUCACAGGAUAGUGAUGAGUCAGACAAAACAGCAAAAAGUUAUAAGAAGAAAAAGAAAAGGCAUUUAAAGGCCACUCGGAGCUUAGCUACACCAGAGCAAGAGAAAGUUGUAAGUGUCAAUCAUGUGACCCCUACCGAUCAAGAGAAAUCUGUAAGUGUUAAUCAUGUGACCCCUACAACUCAGCUUGGAGUUACUGACAAAUCUGCAACUCAUUCAAACAACGGACACGAUAGCAACACUUGGGGAAUCUCAGACGAAACCAGUGCUACUCCUCUGGCUCCACCUGUGAAGGCCACAGUUAGGACAGUAGAAGAAAUAAUAGAAUCACUACAGUCUUCUCAGUCACAUACAGCCUCUGACUUGAUGAUAAAACAGCUAAUGGAGAGUGUACUGGGCUUGAACUAUAACAUGACAUUUGGGGAAACUGUAGAAGAGAGUUGUGAGGUACAAGAGGAAGACACAGAGGAAACAAGGCUGAAACAGGAGGACUCAUUGUCUGCAGAACUUUCAUCUCCCGGCCAGGUCCUAAAGGUUCCAGACACAGAUGUCACACCGUCUGAUGAGAAGUUGUCCCUAGAAUUCUGUUCUCCAUCAAUGGAGAGUGAUGAGGAAAAUCCACAUCAGAAUAUGUCCAGUCCAGUUCAAGAGGACGCAGAGGAAUCCAUCUACUCAUUGCAGGAGGAUGAUAUGACAGAAGAGGAAGCCAAAGAACUGCUGAAAUCUGGAACCCAGCUCACCAUCUCAGACAUAAUUCAUGUGAAAGGAGAUGCAGCACCACUGACAAGACGGGAGACAGCACAGAGGCGUGCUCCUGCAGCUCUUCUUGCUACCUGGAAAUCAAGAACUAAGUUUGGUGGAAAUCCAAUCACCCAAACAAUCCACCAUCUCUGCACAGUGUCCCCCAGCCAUGUAUUAACCAGUGCUCUACAGCAGUUUUCGCGAUUGCAUCACACAGUAGACAGAAAAGGACAUAUUGUAGACCCGCAUCUUGCCAUCACACCAGAAAAGCACCACUCAAAUGAUGUCAUAUUGGAAGACGAAUUGGCAGAUGGCUUUAAAGAGCAAAUGGGAAUUCUGCAAAAUGGAGUCUCAAUCUCAACAUUGCAACCUCCACGAGAGAAGGGCGGUGUUUUUACCCUGCCUCCUCGCAGUAGUCAGAGCUUAGAGUGGUGGAAGAAGAUUGCUGAAUAUUAUGUGGAAGAACCACAAAUGGAACUUGUUGGAGAAAAGGCAUUUCUAAACCCAGGAGUCCUAAAAAUGUUCUGGGCUCCAGCCCCCCCAAAAUUCUCUGCUCCUCUAUCCCUUAUGCAGAAAACCCUGUUCUCAAAGUAUGAGAGCUGUUUAGAUGAGCAGUAUGAAGCAGAAACAUUGUCAUCUAUGGAUGUUGACAGUCAGUCAUCAGAUGAGGAACAUGUUGACCCAGAAGACAUUGCAAUGCGGGACAGAAUUUUAUCUCGGAGACAGAAUUCAUUUCCAGAAAUCAGUUUUUCUUCUUCAUUUGUUGGAUCACUUAAGAAAUCACUGUCAAACUCUGCACCAGACUUAUCUGUCUACAGGGACCCUACAUGUCAUCUUUCAUCUGACUUUCAAACAAGUAUGAAAGAGCUUGCAAUGUGGAGACAGCAGAAUUCCCAGUCACCAAAAUCUCUAGCAGUUAGUCUUGAAGUGCACGUUGAAGUGGCUGAAGUAAAAAUCCCUGACACUCUGUCAGAAAAUUCUGCAGGGACGACCUUGCUUAUGGAGAAAGGAAAACAGUUCUUACCUUCAGAGUCUGGCGUUGUCCCAAAAACAUCCUUGAAUCAUGUCACUCAUUAUAAGAAGAUUGCUAAGAACAAAAAGCAACUCUUAGGUCCCCUGAAGUUGCAGAUUAUUUUGCAGGAGCUGAACCAACCUCCUCAGGCUAUUAAAAGAUCCAGAUCACUGGUUAGAACACACGUCCGUGUGAGUUCUACUCGGCGCUUACGGAGCUUGAGUCUCCCACGUCAACUAGAUUUUUCAAGAUUCUUGAACACACAUGGAGGUAUCCAGGCUGGUAUGAAUGUUCGUGAGUCGGUGAGAGACAUAUGGAAUAAAUGGUUUGAUGAGGUUUUUCCACCGAGUCGGGCUUCAGUGGAUGAGGAAAAACAGUAUUAUCAUAUGAAUGACACCAUUCAUGCUGAGCCAGAUACAAAGGAGGAAAAAUCAUGGGCAGUAGGCUUGGAUGUCAUACCCCCUGUUUUGGUAGAGGACCCAACAGCAUCAGUGCAAGAUGUGGAAAGAGAGAUCUCAUAUUUGACUACUCUGAUAGAAGAACAAGACAUACCUUCUGCAUUCCACUACUGCAGAAGAGGUGCCCUCAAUAGAAAGCUUGGCAAUAUCACACUCGCCCUUCAAGAUUUAGAUAUGGUUAUCAAACUUGAGCCACAACUGCUAGAUGCAUACUGGCAUAGACAUUUAAUUUACCUUCUGCAAGGGAAGACAAGCGAGGCUUUGGAUAACCUGAAUUUUAUUAUUAAAUAUAAUAAAACACAUACAGAUGCUUACCUGUCCAAGGCAGAGAUAUACAAGCAGAAGAAAGACUAUACUAUGUCUAUUGUGAAUUACACACAAGCUCUUAAAUGUCGACCCACUGAUGAUGACAUCUAUUUCUGCCGAGCGCAGAUGUAUGAGGCUCAGGAUGAGUUUAUAAUAGCUAUGGAUGACUAUGCAAAGUGCUAUUACUACAACCCCAGCCGCACCGAUGCCCUUAUGAAGCACAGCAUAUACUAUUUUGAGAACAGCAAUUGGAGUGCAGCAGUGCAGAAUCUUACUGCUGUCAUAAAGCAGGAAUUUGGCAAUGUAGAGGCCAGAAUUUACCGCGGAAGAGCCUACACGAAGCUAGCCCGCUACACUGAGGCAGCAGAAGAUUUCUCAUCUGUCAUUCAUUUGGAUCCCAAACACUGGAUGGCUUUUUAUUACCGUGGCGGCUUGCUGCGUAGAUGCCAUCCACAGCAGGCACUAAAAGACUACAGCAUCUCUGUGCUUCUUCAUGAUGGAUUUGAAAAUCUGAAAGCCUUUCUCCACCGUGGUGUUCUUUACACUGACCUUGGUCUAUGGUCGGAGGCUGCAUUUGACUUUGAACAAGUCCUUUCCUGGGAUAGAAGUGUGACUGUGGCGCACGUGAAUCUGGGUCUAAUCUGUCUCCUGCACCUACAACAGUAUCCUCAAGCAAUUCAUCACUUCUCUGCAGCAAUAAAAGUUGACCCUGUCUGUAUACGAGCAUAUCUCUGCAGGGCUCAGACUUACAGACAGAUGAAAGAUUUACACCGUGCCUUGAAGGAUAUAACAUGCGCCAUCCAUCUGCGUCCUGACUCCCCUGAGCCUUAUAUAAUCCGGGGGCAGUAUCUGUAUGAGAUGAAGAGAUAUGACCUUGCCAGCUUCUGCAUUCACCAUGCAUCCAAGAUGACGGAAGGUUCCUCACCAGUACAGCAAGCCUUGGUCCACUCCUUCCAGCAGCAAUACAACAGUGCCAUUGAAUGUUUGGUUUCUGCACUUGAAGUAAAACCACUGCCAGCCUUGAUGAUCCUCUUAGGAAAAAUCCAAAUGAAGGCAAAGAAAAACAAGGAAGCAUCUAAAUGCUUGAGAGAAGCUCUGGACGCUUUGAGUCAAUCAGAUGACAUGUCAUCCACCUGUGACAAGGCAGAAGUGUUCUACCUGCUGGGCCUGUGUUACAUGGAACAGUUUCAAUUUUUACAGGCUUUGGAGGCUCUGACAUCUGCAGUGAAAGCCCGCUCAGAUUAUUGUGACGCCUAUUAUCAACGCGGGCUGUGCCGCAUGCAUCUUCAGCAAGCAAAGUGUCUGCUGGAUUUCAAUAAAGCUCUUGAGAUCAACCCCAAGCAUUUCCAGGCCUGUUUGUGCAGAGCAGCUUUCUACGGAUUUAGGAAGAGAUACUCCAAAGCCAUAAUGAAUUGCAAUGCUGCAAUCAGAGUACAGCCUCACAGUGUAAGAGCUUAUCUCUACAGAGGAGCAUUAAAGUACUACAUAAAGGCAUAUAAAUUGGCAAUUCAGGAUUUAACAAAAGCUGCUGAGUUAGAUCCGACAUGCUCUCUGGUAUAUUACAACAGAGGAGUUUGCUACCAUGAGUUGAAAAUGUAUGAAGAGGCACUAAAAGAUUACGCUAUUGUUCUUCUUCUUGGAGGAUGGAAGGAAGUAGAUCUUAAGGUUCUUGUAAACCGUGGAUUGUUAUACCUUGAGCUUCAUGAUUAUGUCAAUGCCCUGGAGGAUUUCAUAGCUGCGGCUAGAAAAACUCCAGGAGAUGUAAAGAUCCACCAGGUGAUAGGAAAUUGUCAUCACAGGUUACAGCAGUAUGAGGAAGCGGUGCAAGCAUUUAACCACGUGUUGCAAUUAACCCCCUUGUCUCCUGAGGGAUACAUUGGUCGUGGCAAUUCAUACAUGGAAUAUGGCCAUGAAGAUGGCCUCAGGUGUGCUCACUCAGAUUUUGUGAAGGCCCUUCACCUGAACCCAACAUCUCUUGCAGCUCGGAUCUCUCUGGGCUAUAACUUACAAGCCCAGGGAUUCUUUCAGCGCGCUUGGAACCAGUUUACUGUAGUCUUGGACAUCAACGCACAAAGUGUAUUGGGGUUUGAGGGACGUGCUAUUGUGAACUUGCAGAUGAGAGACACAUUUGCGGCUCUCCAGGACAUGAAUGCUGCAUUAAAGCUUGGUGUGACGGCACAACUGCUAACAAACCGUGGGGUAAUCCACCAGUUCAUGGGGAAGUUGCCUAAUGCAAUGAGAGAUUAUCAGUCCGCAAUUGCAGCCAACCCCAAGUAUUCCCUGGCUUACUUCAAUGCAGCAAAUCUGUAUCUCCAUAACCGGCAGUUCUCACAGGCUAGAGAAUACUACUCACAAGCCAUAGAAUUGGAUCCUAGGAAUGAAUCUGCUGUCCUGAACCGAGGUAUCUCAAAUAUGCUUUUAAAAGACGUACAAGGAGCACUUUUGGAUUUCCACAGAGUCAUAGAUCUCUGCCCGGUGUCCUCUGCUGCUUACUUCAAUCGUGCCAGUUUACAUAACACCCUACAGCAGUAUCAGCAGGCUGACAAUGACAUAUCUCAAGCUUUGAUUCUUCAACCUGGAGAUCCCCUUAUGUACAAACUGAGGGCUGACAUCAGAGGAAGAAUGGGACUGGCUAAAGAAGCAAUUGAGGACUAUGAGCAAGCUAUAACACUACUACAGAAACCUGCCCAGAGACAGUGAUAGCAUCUGUGGCCCUACACACCCUACACAAAGUCGGGGGAAUAAUUUUGUGACUAAAUCAAACUCAGUUUGAAUACAGUAUAUUCAUAGGAACCGAGAGUACCAAGUAAACAGAGCUGCUUGGGUCAGGUAACAGGACUGUAGGAGGGGAAGGGGGAGGGGGAGGCGUCACCAAGUAAAAUGUUUGGUUUUACUGCAGCUUUACAAACAGUAAGUCAUCAUAUUUAUUUGAAAAUGGAAACUUUAGGACAGUGGCAUCACAAGGCGGGUGCGGGGGGUGCAGCCCGCACUCGGGUGUGACACCUGGAGGGGGUGACACCAAAUGUCAGCUCCUCCGCAGUGACAGGAGCCAGGUGCUGCAGUGUGAAAUUCUGCUACAGCACCCGGCUCCUGUCAUAGAAGAGGAGCCGACAGUGCACUGAGAACGUCUCUAGGGGAAGCCCAGCAUCUCCGGAGAUGCUGGGCACGCCCCCAGAGUGACGAUUCCAGGAUCCCCGCGAAGCCACGCCCCCUAACUAUAAGGCCAUGCCCACUUUUUUGCCGCGACCACGGCAGGAGAUCAGGGGUGCGCACCGGGUGUCACCACACUUUAGGAUUAUAUGUGUUUAUUGAUAUUUAAACCUCUGUUCUCCCUCUGGUAUGUAUAAUGUUCAUUUAUAAAAAUAGACACAUUUUAUGUC